AUGGCGGCACUACACGAAAAGUCGAAACAAGUAGCUGUUACCGACAAAGUUGGGAAUGUGUAUUCCGUGCGCAGCAUUGUUCCAGUGAAAAAGAAGUUUACUGUUCCAUUUUCGCUGCUGUAUACUGGCGACACAAGGCCAGGGGGAACAUGUUCUUCUCUUAGUUUACCAGAAGCUACUACCGAGUCGACAACACUUGGCACAUAUUCUCCAUUGUCCUACUCGUUCGGUGCUACUGUUCUACGAUCAUGGCCGGACAAUGGAGGCACACGUAUCGAAGCAUUGUGUACAUUUGCAGUGAACAAAAAGUACAAACCAAAGAAGAAACAUUUUAUCAUAGACUUUGGAACGAAAGUAACCAAAUUUGAGAACUGGGAAGGAAAACAAGUGGAGUCAGAGGGUGACAGUGGUGUUUGGUUUCAUAUGAAAAAUAUUCACUGGCUUGAGACACCAAGUCUCGAGUUCUUUUUUCAAGCAACAUACAACGGAAACGAACAGCCUAGCAUACUCUGCAGCAGUGAUUUACCAGAAUAUAUAACUACAACACAAGCACCUGUUACGACCACUGAAGCACCUGUAACGACCACUGAAGCACCUGUUAAGACCACUGAAGCACCUGUAACGACCACUGAAGCACCUGCUACGACCACUGAAGCACCUGCCACAUCUACCGAAAAACCUGUAGAAACCACCGAAAUAGGUACCACGUUUGGACCCCUCCCUGCACUUCAGUACAAAUUCCCAGCUAAAAUAAAGUCUUCGUGGAAUGUUAGUGAAGGUGUCCGUACUUCAGCAGUGUGCGUCUUCUCUGUGGAUAAUACUUACGAACCAGAAACAAACUACUUUCUCAUUGAUUUUGGCAUACUCGUUCAAAAUUUUGAGAACUGGGUUGGUAAAAAGAUACAACCUACGGGCAAUUCAGGCCGUAAAUUCUACAUGUCAAACCUACACUGGAUACAUCCACAGAAGCUAGAGGUCUACUUUCAAGCAACUUACCCAGCAGAUAAGUCUCCGAUAAUAAAAUGCAGCAGUAAUUUACCCCCGUUGGUUAAAACAACACAAGUACCAAUCACAACAACUAAAUCACCAACAACCACAUCCCAAGUGCAAGUUACAACAACAAAGUCUCCAGCUACCACAACCCAGGUGCCAGUGACCACAACCCAGUCUCCAACUACCUCAAAUAAACCACCAGUUACUACAACACAAGCACCAGGUACAACAACAACCACUUCUAGAGAAACUACACAACCACAAGAUGGAAGUUUUAACUACAAUGAAGUUAUAAAGAAGUCUAUAUGGUUUUAUCGCGCCCAGCGUUCUGGUGACCUUCCAGAAGUAGAAAAUGAUCCUGUGCCAUGGAGGGGCGACAGCGCACUCUAUGAUGGAAAGGACUUAGGCCUUGACCUAACCGGAGGAUGGUAUGAUGCUGGUGACUGGGUGAAAUUUAAUCUUCCAAUCUCGUCGUCAGUAGCAGUUUUAGGCUGGGGUCUCGUACGAUGGGAAGAUGCAUACAGGACAGCGGGCCAGUAUAGAACUAUGUUAGACUGUAUAAAAUGGCCACUUGACUUCUUUCUUAAGUGUUGGAGGGAAGACGACCAAGUCUUGUAUGGACAGGUUGGUAAUGGUGGAAUCGAUCACUCAAAAAUGAUGCGACCGGAAGACAUGACUGAGUCAAAUAUGCCACGUCCGUCUUACAAAGUGACGUCAUCCCGAGGUGGAAGUGAUUUAGCUGGUUCUAUGGUGGCAGCGUUUGCUGUUGGAGCUAUGGCAUUCAAAGAAACAGACAAAAGUUAUUCAGAAGAACUUCUGGCUGCUGCUGAGUCUUUGUAUGUAUUUGCUGAUACCUAUAGAGCACUUUACACGGACGAAAUAAGCGACGCAGGUGGUUAUUACAGGUCCAGCGGAUAUAAAGACGAACUAGUGUAUGCAGCCGCCAUGUUGUACAAAGCAACCGGGAAUGAAAAAUAUUUGCAGGAUGCUGAGGCUAAAUAUGACCAGUUCGGGUUUGAGUAUAAAACACCCUGGGCAUUUGACUGGGACGACAAACUAAUAGCCGCAAAGAUAUUGCUGUUUGAAGCAACAGGCAAAGCCCGUUACAGCCGAGAUAUAAAGAACUUUUUGAAGGAAUGGGGCCCAACUGGAAGUGUGCAGUACACAGAUGGCGGACUGGCUUGGCGAUCACAGUGGGGUUCUCUUAGAUACACGGCAAACGUGGCGUUCAUUUCACUGAUGGCAGCUGACCUCGGUAUCGACGCUGAUAAAAAUGAAGCCUGGGCUGAAGGUCAGAUAGAUUACAUGCUAGGUGAUAACCCAAGGAGCUCUAGUUAUGUUGUUGGCUUCGGAAAUAAUCCACCGAAACAACCUCAUCAUAAAUCAAGUACUUGCCAGCCGAAACCUGCAAAAUGCGACUGGGGUGUAUUUUCGAAUACAGGAAUUGACAAUGCUCACGUGCUGUAUGGCGCACUUGUGGGAGGGCCAGAUACCUCAGAUAAUUAUAAGGAUGACAGAACUGAUUACAUCAUGGCGGAAGUGACAUGUGAUUAUAAUGCUGGCUUUCAGUCCGCUGUUGCAGGUAAUUGAUAAUUGUGCAUGUCUUUUAUUAACACAAGCUUUUAAAAUAUAUAUAUAAACACAUUUUCAGCUUGAUGUUGACUAUAUAUCUCAUCAGAUAUUUCAAUUCUGACUGGUGGC